CAGUUACUGUCACUUGAGCAAGACAAGUGUUUAUUUAUAUUUUGUGGUGAACCUGAUAAUGCGUGAAACUGUUUCAAAAAAGACCUUAUAAUGAAAACUUUAGAGUUGAUUUUGUAACAAAAACAGUAGAUAUAUGUGUGUAAUUAUAAAUAAAAAUCUCAACAAUAAAAUUGAUAGCAUAACAUUAUUUAUAUGCCAAUAAUCAUGAGUAUGCAGUAAAAACUUCAAGGACAUAAUAUAUUUUGCACUCCUUCGUAUGAUAAUCGAUGAAGCGGGCUUUUUGUAUACUAGCGGCUCUGAGAACCGAGCAUACAGCUAAUUAUAUAGCUAAAAUGAGUCCUAUAACCAAUUUCAAGGAGUGGAAGUUUCACGAUCCUCCAAAUUACGCUGCGUUACCCAUAAACGACAACCCUGAGUAUAAUGUGCCGGUAGCCGUUAAAGAUGCUGUGUUUUCUAAGGUGCCGACAGAGCCUUUAGUAGGUAAGCUGCACUUAGUGUGUGCAUCAGAUGAUGCUCUCACAGACAUAUUGGACUUGGAUCCAUCUGUGGCUGAGUCUGAAGAGUUCAUCAACUUCAUAGCUGGGAGCUACUUGCCUGAAGGAGGACUGAGUGUCUCACACAGAUAUGGAGGAUAUCAAUUUGGCUUCUGGUCGGACCAAUUAGGUGAUGGAAGAGCUCAUAUACUUGGAGAAUAUAUUAACAGUAAAGGUGAAACCUGGCAGCCACAGCUGAAGGGUUCUGGAGAGACUCCCUAUUCGCGCAUGGGUGACGGUCGCGCUGUCCUCCGUUCAUCCAUUAGGGAAAUGAUUGCUUCAGAAGCUUGCCAUUACCUUGGAAUACCAACUACAAGAGCUGCUGCUUUAGUUGUAAGUGAUGAUCACAAGGUGUGGCGUGACAAGUCCUACAGCGGUCACUCGCGGCAAGAACGCGCCGCCAUAGUGAUGCGGCUCGCGCAGGCGUGGUACCGCAUCGGAUCAGUGGAGAUACUGAACAAGCGGCGCGAACCCGCACUCAUGAAGGAUUUAGUCGACUUCAUUAUUAAGCACCAUUUUCCGGAGAUUGAGAACGGCAGUGGCGAUAAAUACGUGAAGUGGUUCCAAGAAGUGUCUUACAGGAAUCUAGAUACGGUUGCUAUUUGGCAAGGCUUGGGCUUCACUCACGGUGUUCUGAACACGGACAACGUGUCUCUUCUCGGCGUGACGCUGGACUACGGGCCGUACGGCUUCAUGGACUACUACAGCCCGCAUUACGUGCCCAACACCUCUGAUGAUAUGGGUCGCUACGCUUUCAAUAAACAGCCGGCGAUUAUGGUAUGGAAUCUGUGUAAGUUGGCGGAGGCCUUGGACCCGAUACUGUCGGAGCAGCAGCGGCAGAAGAUCAAAGAAAUUGCCGCCACGCUUUUAGACUAUGUCCAUGUUAAAGUUGCACUGGCGCUUGUUUUAAAACUUGGAUUUAGAGAAUACAAAGGAGGCGAUGAAAAUAUGGCCUACGAUCUCCUGAAAAUGAUGCUAAACAAAAUGGCGGACUUCACUGCCACGUUCAGGCAACUUUCUGAAGUAGAUCCACAGCAUUUAUUAGACAAGACAGUUAUUGAGAAACAUUGGUCUCUCAACAAAUUGAUAGAAGACAGCGAUUGGGAGAAAUGGGUGAAAAACUAUGAAAAGAGAUUAGCAGAUGAAAAUAUUACCGAGGAAGUAAGAAAACAGCGAAUGGUCAAAAUGAAUCCCUUAUACGUACCAAGGAAUUGGAUCUUAGAAGAAGCAAUCAAAGACGCUGAGAAAAAUGACUUUGAAAAGGUUAGAUUUUUACUGAAGCUGUUUAAAAAACCGUUUGAAGUGAAUGAAGAGGCCGAAAAACUGGGUUAUUCAUCUCAGCCGCCGAGUUGGUCCUAUGGACUGAAACUUAGCUGUUCCAGUUAAUGAAUGUUAACUGCUCAAAUUGAUGUUGUACGUCUUGUUGGUCGUAACGUAAACGUACAAAUUGCGAAAGAGGUCAAGUCUGUUGUAUAAAGUGCUUGAAUCAGGCACUAAAAUCAAUAAUCAUGUAUUAUUAAAUGAUGUAACGUUUAACUCACGCGUAUUUAUCGGGGUAGCCGGACCCAACCGGAGUCCUUAACC